CAUUGUCAGGAAUGUCGUUUCAAGACCUGAGUAUAAGCGGGUCUCCUACUCCAAGAGCGGAGUCUCGGGGAGCUGUUAGUGCCCGACAUCAGAAGGUCAAACAGAGAACUCACUCUGGGAAAAGCAUGGGGGGAGGCGCAGUAGUGACACGAGACCAGCUAAACCUAGCAAAGAAGCUGGCGUACUACGAAACUGAGGUGGAUAAAGCAAAGCAGGAGCUUAAUGCUUAUAACUCAAAGAAGGAUAACACACAAACUAAAGCUCCAGUCCAGCGAGAAGCUAUCAACAAAAGUCGCUCUCAACCUCCUCCUAUCAAAACACAAGUACCGCCCCUGAAGCUGAGCAUGCUGAAACAGAAGAGUGACAGUUCACAAUACCAUGUAACACGUGGUGUGGAUACUUCCCGGUCAGUAUUGAGUUGGGGUGACCCCUCCUACAGGGAUACUAGACCUCAUGGGGUUGGGAAGAUUAACACCGGGGGAGAUAAGAGGAAGGGAGUUGAUAAGGAGAACCGUAGAAAAGAGGAGCAGAGGGAGGAACGGAGGAAGGAGGAACAGAGGGAGAAGGAGAACAGGGACAUCGAACAUAGAGCGGAGACGUCAAGAACAGAGCAGGGGGAGGAGGGAGCAGACCCAGAUGGAGACAUUGAGAGAGAUACCGGACAGGAGCUGGGGUUUGAGGCUUUUGAAACUGAGGAAGGAAAGAUAAAACGAGCUCGACAAGAAGACGCAGUAGAAACACAGAUGGUCCAGGACCUAACACAACCGGAAACAACCGACGAAGAGCCCAACUCGUACACCCUCCGCACCCCCUGGGCCACGUCAGAGCGCGCGGACUUUUACGCGCUGAAAGAAAUACCACACGUGAAACGAAUUGAUAACUCGCUCCAUACGACCAGCAAAGAACUUACAUUCUCUAAUCUGAACAAUCGGGGAGUUCAGAAGCGGCUGAAAUUCAGAUUACGGAUAAUCAGCAGAUGCGGUAGAGACAGCUUACGUGAUCUACAUGGUUUCUACUUUCUAUCAGACGACUCAAUUGUCGUGUACGAGUACAAAGAAAUCGGAAAGAGGGUCACCGCCUCCCCACUAUUCCCUCGCACUGUAUACCGUCACCCACGUGGACGCUGGAUCGGAAACUCUUACUCCCUUCGCGAUCUGAAAAUAGGGUCCACACUUGAUCUGCCGACCAGCAAUAACCCAGCACUGCCGGCUAGCAUCACACGAGCUCCGUAUACUCUGCUUCGUGUUAUGGGCGUGGAUCAAGAAGACGUCCUCAGUUUGGUUUACGACGGUUGUAGGAUUGAAGAUCGGGCAGAUAGAGCAGAACAGAUUAAAGACUUUGUUACUCCGGAACAGAUAUGGAGAAUCAGGAAUUUAGAGCAUAUUCAAGGUCAGAUAAGGACACAACUACGUUCACGCCCUCUGAGAUCGCUGGUAGGGCUAGGUCACUACUUUAUCCUUCACGAUAAAGAUAAGGAUGGAUUCUGGAGGGCCGACGAACUUCAGGCAGUCCUCAGAACUUUCAGAAUAAAACUAUCGCAUCAGGAUUUCGUUGUGUUUUGGGAUAUUCUAGAUGAAGACGGAAGUGGAUUGCUUGACGUAGGAGAGUUUCUGCGGGGCUUGCUGGGUGAAAUGAGUGAAGCAAGGGUAGGGAUAGUGUAUAGAGCCUGGAUAAAGAUGGACCCCGGGAGAGUUGGGGAGGUGGCGUAUAAAACUGUCGGCCAGUUUUACAAUCCUGCUGUCAGUCUUAAUCCUGACUCCGACGGCACCUCUACUAAAGAGCAGUUAGUUGAGGAGUUCCUGGAGUGUUUCAGUGCCGGGCCUCUCAAUCAGAAGAUAACAUACAGUGAGUUUGUGGAUUACUACACAGCACUGAGUCUGUCAGAAGAGGAGGACGAAGUUUUUGUUACCUUCAUGAAACAUUGCUGGAAUGUGUAAUUAAUCAGACUAGAAUUACGAAGACUAUUGUAGUUUGCUAAUUGUUAGGCAACAUAGAAAACUGUGGGAGUUGCUAUGAAAAUGGACACAUCCAUAAUACUGACGACAGAAAUUAUCUGAGUUAUUAGGUCAGUCUAACUCAGAAAACUGUUGGUUACUAGGUAACCUUGAUAGGACUCAGCGAGUUGAUAGAUUUGAGUUAAUAUAUACAGUGAGAGAGAAUGAAGAAAGGAACUGCAGAUUUAAUGAUGUGAUGAAAUCCAGGGCGGUAUACCAAAUACUGUAAGAGUGAUUUCCAUUUAAUAUUCUUCCCACACACACGCCACUGGUCUAAAUAUAGCAUGAUAUCAUAUUAUUAUCCCGUCCGGUUUGAAUUGUGUUACCUGAUUAUACGACCUGUUGUUUAUUGUUGUGACUUGUGAAAUCGUGGUAUGCCUUGCGGUCAUUAUCAUUUAUCAACCUUCAUUUUAUCGGCAGUGACCUAUUAUUUUGCCUAAUUUAUACUGACAUUGGCGGUGAAUUGUUAAUAUUGAUAAUUAGAGCACAGGUCUUCAACUCGAUUACACUUACAGUAAUAAUGGAGCUGAAUUAUAUCAUUAUUUUGUUAAAUUUACAACUUCAUUCGGCCGACCUUCUACCCGCUCAGCAAAUGGUUGAUUAUAAUUCCCUGAGCAAUGUAGUUAUUUUAGUUCCGUAUGUCAGCUGGACUGAUGUUUUCCGGAGAAGUAAACGCUGGCUAAUUGGGUUCCAUUUUAUUCACUUAGCAUAUAGUUAAAUUAUUGCUCGCUUAUGAUAAUCAGAUUACAUAUACAAUUAGUUUUCAAUCCAACUGCUUUAAAAUAUAAAUACCAUUUGUACGAGGUGUCCAAAUUUUGCAUGCUCACAAUUUAAAAACUUUCAUUAUUUUUUCAACACCUUAUUUUUAAUGACAGCGCCAAAACUCUUACUCUUACUCUUAUUCUUCGGUUUUAUUAUUAGUCAUAUAUUUUAAGUUCGAACAAUGCCUGUUUCUGCGCCGGAAAAGAUAAUUACCUAGCAUUCAAGCCGGCCUGGAAGUAGCUAUUUUCUUUAUUUUAGCUAAUUGUUUUUCUGAAUGUGCAAGUGUUAAGUACAUUUUUCCAUCACUAUUGUGAAUGUUCCUCGUGAUUUUUAUUAACGAUUCAUGUUCCUAUCUUCAAUUUUAAUUCAGAUCACCAUAAUAAUUUAUUUAUGACGCUGUAAAUAUCAUCUUAUGUCGAUAGUUUAAUUUGAGUU